AUGGCUGAUAGAAAAACAAAAGGAAAGUCUGUGACUUAUGCACAGAAGGAAGCUCUUGUUGAAUUCUUAGAGAACAAUGUACAACUAAAAAAAGGUAAAUUCAACUCACAAUUUACCCACAAAAAUGCGCAACAACUUUGGGAACAAAUAACUUCAAAUUUAAAUUCCAUGAUUGGUGCAAAGAAAACGGCAGAUAAGUGGAGAAAGUGUUGGACUGACAUGAAAUGCAAUGCAAAAACAAAGAGCGUGGAUCUAAAAAAAAAUUUAAGAAAAACUGGGGGAGGAAGUGGAAAAACAGAUGAAUUAGAAUUAGCUCCAUUAGAAGAAAAAAUUGCUACUUUAAUUGGAGAUGUCCCCAUUUUUGGCCACCCUAAUACAGUGGAACCUUCAAUUACUUUUGAGGGAUAUGAAGUUGUUAUGGAUUCUACUGAUAAUAUUUUGCUGUCAACUGAAAUAUUACCACCGGAAAUUCAAUCAUCAUCAAAUGAUUUUUUGCACAACAACAUGGAAAUGCCAACUACAAAUGAAUUACUAAAUAAUGACAUUGAUAUAUCUCAAAAGAAUGAAGUUGGUAUUAAAUUCACUAGUAAACAAAGUAAACUUAAUAUUCUACAAAAAUCGGUCAAUGCUUCUAUUCAAGUUGGCAAUACAAUUGAUGAGAGGAAUACAAUUCUAAAAGAUUAUUGCUCUAAAAAGUUAGUUCUUUUAGAGAGAAUUGCUAUUGCAAAAGAAAAAAAAUUAGCAAUAAUGGAGAAAAAAAUGAAUAUGCAGAUUAAUGCAGAUAAAAAUUAA